AUGGUUUCUAAUUUCAGUUUCAAUGCCAUGCUGAAUUCUGUUUGUAAGAGAAGAAAAGUACCAUUUGAUAACGAACAUCAAUACGAUUGGACACCGGCAGUAUUAGACACGUGCAGAAGAAUACCUCGCUCUUUGCCUUAUCAUGCUUGCUCGUGGCGGCUCCACUGCCCCACCCGUCCAAAAACUGCCAAAAAAACCGCUUCCGCCUCCCCUGCACCACCCCAACCACCAACUUCGGAUCUUUCUUACAAGUGUUCGGUUUGCAACAAGGCUUUCUCUUCUUACCAGGCUCUUGGCGGGCACAAAGCCAGUCACAGGAAGUCCUCCUCCGAGUCCACCGUCGCCUCAGCCACCGAAAACCCAUCAACCUCCACCACAACCACCACGACUACCAGUGGUAGGACUCAUGAGUGCUCUAUCUGCCACAAGACUUUCCUUACUGGACAGGCCUUAGGCGGACACAAACGCUGUCACUAUGAGGGCACAAUUGGAGGCAACAACAGCAGUAGUGCUAGCGCUGCAAUCACCACCUCAGACGGUGGUGCUGUUGGAGGCGGUGGCGUGAGCCAGAGUAAAAGUCAAAGAAGCGGUGGUGGGUUUGACUUUGACCUGAACUUGCCUGCUUUGCCUGAAUUUGAAGGUCCAAGAAUCAGUAAACCAGAACCCUGCGGAGAUCAAGAAGUGGAAAGUCCUUUGCCAGGGAAAAAGCCAAGAUUAAUGUUUUCGCUUAAGCAAGAAAGGACCGAUAUGGGUUCUUCGCAAAUUUGAAUUUAGAAUUUAAGAUUAGGUUUAAUUAGGAGGAUUCUUGGAUUUUUCUGCUCUUUUCAUCACUCUCUAUGGUGUUAUCUUUUGGGGUUUGCUUUGAUAAUGAAUUGGUUCUGUAUAGGGAUUUGUAUUCAUUGUUU